AUGUCACAAGCCCUAGCCGACGCCGAGCAGAAGUCGAAAAAUGGUGUUCUAGAGAUUCUACCCGGACACCGAAAUAUGGCUUUACGACCCGAAGAGAAUACUAGCGGCCCUCUCGUAGUCAUCACACCUACGUCCCCUAUAUUACCGGAACAAGCCGGGCUACAGCCGCCACCAUCUCCGUCUAUGAGCCCAGCAAGCGACACACACACAACUACUUCCGUAGCCCUCACACCAGACGCCGAAUUCCUCAUCAUCGAAGCCGAACUCGCAACCUGUCAACUGACACGCGAAGCGCUACAAAGACGCGAGUCUGCACUUCAAGAACGCAAAGCAGAGAUCGUACGAGAAACAAAGAUGAGGCUUAACAAGGAGGUGCGAGAUCUAGCAACGCAAGGCCAAGAAGAAGAGGUCGAUCAAGGACUGUUCAUGCGUGAUGUGCAGCGGAGAGUGGAAACGAAGUUGAAGGGGAUAGGAAGAGAAGAUGAAGCUUCACCGGAGAAAGUGGACGAAGCAGACAAUGUGGAGGAGAAGAAAGCUGUCCCCAUAAGUGCACCAGAGCGGAGGAGGCUUGCGCGUCUUGCACUGUUGAAACAAGACCCUAGGCUAGGAAGAUGA